AUGGAUCAGCCAAUUCUCGCUCUUACAUCAACCCAUCACGAUGUCAGUCUUGUUCAUGAAAUCUCAAGAGGGCUAGAAGAAGGUAUCAGGCUCGAAUGGGGAGAUGUCUGUGAUUUUGUAAAUCCUUUCGGCGACGCAAGAGGUCGGGCCUUCAAUAGUGUUUGGACAUUUGACCUCGAUAAGGAUGUUCUUAUUCUCACCAAGCAUGACCGGCUUUGCUCUGCACCUCUCAGCGUAGCGCGCGAUCGGCUACUUACUUUGGACGACUUUGAGAUACUGAAAUCACCAACUGAAGCAAUCACAGAGGAGGCACUCGUUUCAGCACCGUACUUGGAUCUUCAGCCUAAAUCUGAUCCUCGAACGAAGGCAUUCCUUGGUCGCAUCCUCCGCGACUUUGGCCAAACAUGGCGUCAUCUACUGAGAAGGGUUAUGAAUGAUAUCACGUUCAUGAAGCUGGCAUAUGCUGUUGUCUGGAUAUCAACUAUGGAUUUCACUGUAGUGGAACGCAUGGGAUUCGACCACGUUGCUGGUUGCGGCGGGCCAUAUGUCAGAGUGACAGACUUGCCACAAUGGGAUGCCCCCGAUAAAAACGUUGCUCAGGUUGGCUCUAGCUGGUUUGUUUUGGUACGAGAUAUUCCCGAGGGCCUUGCGAUGACACAAGAGCAUAUGAAAAGCCACGCAGUGCUCGCCGACGCAACGACUGGUACUGCAAGAUACGCAAUACUGACCCUCAGGCAAAUCGUCUGCUGCAAAGUUCACAACGGCGAAGUAAUAUACACACAGCCCGAGUCACUUUUUAGCGAGACUCCUCCUUCUGAUUUUGCUAUCGACCUGAUUCACUGGGCAUCAGACCUUCGAGCCGAGCCUGCGCCCAGUAGGCUCCGGUACCUCCCCAUCGAGAUACAGGAUAGGAUCCUUGGUCAUGCGACAAAAAGCAGUGUCGCAGCAGCGAAACUGGGCGUCGAGCUUGCUUUGGGAUCGCCAUUCCCUUGGACUGAGCAAGGCAGGAAGAUCAAGCUGGAGGAAGUGCGGAGACAUCGGACAGAGGCAUCACCAGUCGAAUCUCAGAUCUUUCUCGAUGGGGUGAUGAGUGGCUUGUCAUAUAAACGCGAGGCAGCACCUCUGGGCUUCAAGGUCGACAUGAGCUCUCUUCCUGCCCCUGCUCGUUCCACGGCUGCUGUGCCUCCGCCGUAA